UAUAAAAAAAAGAAAAACAGCAAAUGGAAAAGAGAAUGCAGAGAAAACUUUCAAAGAAUUUUGGUUAGGACACCACAGAAAGCCGCCGACUUUUUUAUCCAUUUAGCUUCCAUUCACAAAACUAUAACAUACCCACAAUUUUGAACUUACUGAUCUUACUUUCAAUCGUUUUCGCGAGAAAAUUUUUGUUUACUUUGCUGAGAGAAAGAUGGCUAAUUUGAGGCACUUCAUGUAGUUUUCAUUGUAUUCUCUACGGAUCUUGAGAUAAAAGAGAAACAAAAAUAAGGGUAGAAUGGAAAAGGAAGGGAAGAACCAAAGCCAAAGAGAAAAGGAGACAGCAACUGAUUUUGUGUUAAAGUGGGGAAAUAGAAAAAGACUUAGAUGUUGUAAAGUGAAAAAAGAAUCCAAAAACUUAGAAAACACUGACAAGAGCUGCAACAACAAUAACCAUAGUAAGAACAAAUCAGCCCCUGACUGUUUGUCAAAGAAGAAAUUUUCCUCCUCCCGGGCUGUUUCACUUGAAAAAGGAUCCCCCAAUCGCCUCAACAAGACCUUUGAUUUACCUAUUAAAAAUAAUCAGAAACCAUGUGUGGCUUCACCAGAGAAGGAAGAUAGGUACUACACAACAAGGGGUUCAUUGGGAUUGGAUGAAAGUGGAAAAGCGUUGAUGGAUCAUCUAAAGGAAGAUAAGAAAACUCUUGUUUGGCCAAAGCUUUUUAUUUCGUUGUCUAGCAAAGAAAAGGAAGAGGAUUUCAUGGCUAUGAAAGGUUGUAAGCCUUCUCAAAGGCCUAAGAAGAGAGCCAAGUUGAUUCAAAGAAGCAUUCUUUUGGUGAGUCCUGGUGUAUGGUUAUCGGAUCUAUGUCAAGAGAGGUAUGAAGUGAGGGAGAAAAAGACUUCAAAGAAGAGGCCUAGAGGAUUGAAGGCAAUGGGAAAUGUGGAAAGUGAAUCAGAAUGAAACAGAAGAAAAUAGAUAGAUGUAGAGGAAGUAAUUCUUUUGACUUGUUUUUUUAGGUAGGAAAGGCAAUUUUCAUGGGUAAAUGGAGGCUUUCCCUCUGGUUUGUUUAUGAAAAAUUAGCUUCCCACAUGUCAAUGUGGUAUUUCUUUGUUUUGCUCAUUUGAAAUGGGCUUCAUUGUCUUCCCUUUUGAAUUCUAUUGCCUGCCUUUUUCUUCUCUGGA